AUGCAUAAAUUAGUAUUGAUCAACAUUGUGCAAACAAUCAUUUUUAUCAUAAUUAGUGCGACAGAUGCUGUUCCGGUACAUGAGGAUUAUGAAGGCGAAUUCGACAAAUAUUACAAAAGCUACCAUCCCCGCAACGGUCUCAACAGCUAUUCAUCCCUCCUGCGUGACUUGGCAAUUUACAAGCGCAAACUGCAACUCUUGGGCCACUAUCCCGUCGUAUACGAAACUGCACCGGGCACUCUUGAACAAGUCUACUAUCCCAGACAAGAAUUGCCUGCAGCCGCCGAAUUAACACGCGACGACGUCGACGUAACUGAACAAGGUGAAUAUUUUAUUGAUAUAAAUCAUAAUAAUAAUGACAAUACGAAAAAAGAUACAAAGGCGCCACACAUUGACGGCGACGAUGACUAUAAUAAUCGUAAUAAUAAUCAAAAAAAUGAAAAAGGACCUCAAAUAAUAACAGAAAAUGUGGGACUAGACAAAUUAAUAGACAAUCAAAGCACCAUAUCAUUAUUAAACGCAUCGAGCAAUCGGUCCGAAAUUAAAUCAGAAAAAGUUUCGAGUGAGACGACGCAGUCAGAGACACUUGCGGAGACUAGUCAAUUAGUUGAAACGAAAAAUAAAAGUAGUAAUGAUGAUACGGAAAACGAGAGUAAGAGUGAGGAACCACAGACGUCAGGUAUAAACUCGAUGACGACGACGACUGAAAAGGUUGAAAUUGACGUUCUACGAGAGACGAAAGUAAACACAACAACUAAAGUGGAUGACUCGAAAACCAUUGUUGUGACCGUUAAUGUGAUUACAAACACAAAUCACGACGGAGUUCAUAGACCUUUGCAUCAUCAUGCACAUAAAAUUUACGAAAAUAUCGACUUUGGACGGAAGGAAAUGCCAACAACAACGACAACAACAACAAAGGCUCCUUUUCAACUUUUUAAACCGAUUACGUUGCCAAAGUUGAACAUUUUUGGCAAAGGAACGACAACGACUCAAAAACCUCUCGUGACAAUCGCUUAUCAACCCCUUGGAUUGGAAGAAGAUGAGCGUCCCCAGUCUUGGUUUGGGUAUUUUAGAGGUUUGCAUGACGAUUACAAGAAAAAAUAUCAAAAAGUUUCGAGCACCACUGUUGGAACAGAACUAAAAUAUGACGAAAUUGACAUCGAAAGUACGACAGAAAAGGAUGAGAUGCGAAAACUUUUGAUUGAAAAUGAACUUGAUGCGUCGUCAGUGAAUGAAAAUCAGGAAAUUGAGGAAGUUACUGAAGAAAUUUCAACAGAUUUAGUGACUGAAGUUAAAUCUGAAACAAUUUUGACGGAAACAACUACCGAAUUUUUGACUCAAACACCCUCAACAAAAGUUUUUCCUGAGAAAAAUGAUGAAACUACGACUUUAAAAGUCGAAACAACUGAGAAAAUUGUCAUUGAAACGACAAAACCUGAACCUACUGAAGAAGUAACGGAACCAUCUACCCCUGAAACAACCACCGAAAAACUUUUUGUCACUGAAACUGCUCCUCAAAACGUUUCUGAUACCGAUGAAGACUCAUCUCGACUACUUUUGACUCCCGAAACGCCGGAAAUUGAAGAAAAUUUGUUGACCGUUACUGACUCAGGUAAAUAUGACGAAAGUUUUGAGGAAGAAAAUCCUACAGAAAUUGACGAAACCCUUCUGAAUGAGAUUUUUGCUCAAGAAUAUGAUCAACAUGUACCUUAUUUGGUUACAUACCCUCCACCAAUGGAGGAAAAUAUUUCAGAAGAAACCGUUGAUGAAGAAUUCACAACAGAAAUUGAACCUGAAAUAACUGAAAAAUCGGUUGAAAUUGACUUGACCACUGAAAUAACGGAAAAAAUUGAAGAAAUUACAACUGAGGAAACGAAAAUUGACUCAGAAAAAGAAGAAGUAGUCGAAUUAGUCACAGAAAUUGACUCAACUGAUGAAAAUUUUUCAUCUGAAUUGCGACUCGAUUUCGAAAAUGGUGAAAAUGAGACCGUUAAAACUCUCACAAACGAAAUUCCAACAACUUCUGAAACACCAACAACUCCUUCUUUCUCCCAAACGCAAUAUAAUUGGUGGCAAUCUUUAUAUAACGUCAUGGGAUGGAAUUAUUCGAGUCAAGGAACAACGACUGACUAUCCCGAAGUCAAAGCCAGAAACUUGGAAGACUCUGACGUAAAUGAAACUUUGCCAACUUCCACUGAAAAUCAAUUAUUAAAAAGUUUAGAACAACUUGAUUUGAAGGAAAUCAUCAAUAAUGCCACUGAUUUCUUGUUAAAGCUCAAAAAUGAAACCCAAAACGAGAAGCCAGAAGUUGUUGAGGAGUCAGAAAAAAAUGUAAAGUUGAUUUUAGUUGAUAACUCGACUGAAAAUGUUGAACCAAAUUUGGUUGAAGAGGAAAAAAAUUUGUUUGAAUCAAAUUUGAAUGAAAAUUCGACUGAAAAUGAUGAACAAAAUUUUUUUGAGGAGCCAGAAAAAAAUGAUCUUGAACCAAAUCUAAAUGAAAAUUUGACUGAAAAUGUUGAAGUUGAAGAGCCAGAAAAAACUUUUGAACCAAAUUUGGAUGAAAAUUCGUUGUCAGAAUCUACUGAAAAUCCAAUUGAGUUUGAAAAAAUCGAAAAUCUCGUUGAAGAACUUGAGCUUAAAACACCUGACUUGACAAACGACCCACUUAUAGAAGACGAAAAAUUUCAAAUUGAUGAAAAAAAUGAACAAACUCUUUCUCAAACUCCCAAAAAUGAAAAUGACGAGGACUACGACGACGACGACUACCAAGAAAGUAACGAAAAUAUCGCCGCCUUACCUCCAAUGGGCGAAAAUAUUUUCCAAGACGUCGAAAACUUGAAACAUUUAAAGUCCUUAAUGACUCCCGCUAGAGAUAGAUUAGACGAUAAAUCCGUAACUGGACCUCCUGUCGAUUUCUAUGAACCUUCCGUCGCUGCUGCCGAUGAAAAUUCCAAUAGUUUCAACGAUUUGGAAGUGCUUCAAUUGAUCCCCGUGAUAAUCGAGCAACUCAAACAAGGUUCCGUGACGCCGCAAGAAGAGGGCGUUCUCAAAAGCAUAUUUGGCGAUUUGUGGUCCAUCAUUGUCGAUGAAGCGUCCCGGUCUGAAGAUGUCCCCAUCCAUCCCUUACUUGACAUUUUGUUGAAAUCCAAUGAAGUAAAGCACAACAAACGGGAUGUUUCGUACGAAAAUGACGUCGCACAAAAUACCGUUGACUUGAAGGAGCGUAACAUGUCCCCAUCUGACCAGUUACUUCAUCGCACGUGGUCCAUUGUGUCCCGUUCGAUGCUGCAAAAGAACGAAAAGAAAGUUGAAAAGGCACAACGUAAAAUUAAGCAACGCAAGGAACGAAAAAUGCGUAAAAUGAGGAAUCGUCGCAAGCAAUUUUCGCGAGUUUCGUCCACGGAUUUGCUCGAACCAACGAAUGAAGUGUUCGCGCCAGCAGCUAAUUUCGCACCGCGUCACAAACGGAUCUCACGAAGACAUAAAAGGAGUUUCCACAUUACUCGGAGCGAUGAUUUGUCACGCAUGAAGGCGCUUGUGAACUAUUUGAAUGCGCACGAGGACGACAAUAAUGAAGAUGACGAUGAUGGUAGUAGUGAGGAGGUGUCUUUUGGAUACACUGACGGCAUGGAAAGUUACAAGAAACCGACUUACAACCAUCCAUCGAUCUACGAAUUAUUCCAUCUCGCCGAACAACACCGCAGAAGGCGGCAAAAUAAGUUUUAA